AGUUCGUUGUUUUUCCAUCAGAAAAAACAGUAAAGGAGUGCAAAGAAAAAUAAUAAAAUAAUGCAUUAUUAGUAAUAAACUAUUGAGUAACCAGUGAAAAGUGCAUUAGCUGCAACUAAUUCACAAAAAAAUUAAAAUGUGUGAACUAAGCAUGUAGCAGCUGUGGCUUUUCACUAAACGAAAAGAAAAUCGGUACAAAAGGAAAACAAAAUACACAGCCAAACACGAAUGUAAAUGUGAAUCGCAGGGCAAAUUUCAUUGCAGCCAGCGGCCCGCAGAGACAACGUAGCAGCAGAAGCAGCAAAAGCAGCAGCAGCAGCAACGGCACCGGCAGAGGUUACAGAUAACCAGUGGCAGCUGCGCGCGCUGAUAACAAUCCAUAGUGAAGACUGAUACUGCACCCAAACCUGAUUCCGAUUUCGACUCCAACACCGAUUCAGCGAACGCAUAGUCUCCUGCAUAGCGGCAGCGGCAGCGGCCAUCUUUCCGYUUAUCAUUGACCGAGCAUGUCGCACGGCAGCGCCGGCGCGCAAACUGGUGGUGGCGGCGUUGGUGGCGGCAGUGUCGGCGGCGGUGCAGCAGCAGCGGCCGCAGCAGCAGCAGCUGGCUCUGARUAUCGUGAACUACAUUGGACAGUGUCGAGCGUGAUGGACUCGUCGCGUGUGUCCACCUGCCUAAUAUCGAUGCUGCUAAUUGUCUACGGCAGCUUUCGCAGCCUCAACAUUGAGCAGGAGGCACGGGAGCGCGAGGCGAAGAAACGCAAUGAGUCUAUGACGAAUCUGCUAACAGGCGAGCAGGUCGAGAAGGAGCCAAACUCGAAUUUUGAUGUAGCGGACAAGUUCGCCACGCUCGAUACAAUGCAUGCACUGUGCCUGCCUUUGGGUGCUUCCAUAUCGCUGCUCAUUAUGUUCUUCUUCUUUGAUUCGAUGCAGUUGCUGUUCGCCGUCUGCACAGCCAUUAUUGCCACUGUGGCGCUGGCUUUCCUGCUGUUGCCCAUGUGCCAAUACAUUAUACGGCCCUGCACGGAUGGCAAACGCUUCUCCUUUGGGAUCUGUGGACGUUUUACGGCAGCGGAGCUAUUCAGCUUCACUCUCUCAGUCUCGAUUGUGUGCGUUUGGGUGCUAACCGGGCAUUGGCUGUUAAUGGAUGCCAUGGGCAUGGGUCUCUGUGUUGCCUUCAUUGCGUUCGUGCGGCUGCCAAGCUUGAAGGUGUCGACGCUGCUGUUAACUGGCCUACUGAUAUACGACGUGUUUUGGGUGUUUCUGUCAUCGUACAUAUUCAGCACAAACGUGAUGGUCAAGGUGGCCACGCGACCCGCCGAGAAUCCCGUUGGCAUUGUGGCGCGCAAAUUGAAUUUGGGCGGCAUUGUGCGGGAUACACCGAAACUAAAUUUGCCGGGCAAACUGGUUUUCCCCAGCAUACACAAUACAGGACACUUCUCGAUGCUCGGCCUAGGCGAUGUUGUUAUGCCCGGACUACUGCUAUGCUUUGUGCUACGAUAUGAUGCCUAUAAAAAAUCACAGGGCUUCACAUCGGAUCCAACGCUGUCGCCGCCAAAGGGUGUUGGUUCUAAGUUGACAUACUUUCAUUGUUCCUUACUGGGCUAUUUCCUGGGUCUGCUAACGGCUACGGUUAGCUCGGAGGUGUUCAAGGCCGCACAACCUGCCUUACUUUAUUUAGUGCCCUUCACGUUAUUACCAUUGCUACUAAUGGCUUAUUUAAAGGGUGAUUUACGACGGAUGUGGAGUGAACCGUUUAUUGCGCAUCAACCAUCAAAACAAUUGGAAGUCUGAAUGUAUUCUAUCUUUAAACAGAAUUAAAAACAAAACGAAAGAAAGGGAAGAAUGAGAAAAACACAAUACACAUACUAUGAAUUCUCUCUUAAUAAAAUACGUAUUCUUUAAUUAUACGUAUCAAAUUUUUUUAAGUUAGGUAAUUCUAAUUUAGUGAAGUAACAGCAAAACCGAAUAAUAAAUCUAUGUAGUUUUAAUA